AUGGCAGCGACAAAACGAUUUCGUCAACGAACGUUAGCAGACAAUGAAAACUUUCCAAUAUCUACUAGUGUUUUUAUGGAAAAAUUUUUAAAACCAACAAUUGAAGUUGAACAAAAAAAUACAUUAAAUGACAUGUCUAAAUUAAUGUGUGACGAUUUCGGAAUUCUAUCCAAAAUGACAACAGACAAUCAACAUACCAAUGAAAAUAUAGCUCAAACCAUAAUUGAUAAAACGCAGAGUACAAGUGACGAUGAUUGGGUAUGUCCAGUUGCUGUAGUUUUGAGAAGAGCAGGCUAUGAUGUACCAUUGAGACCUUCAAAAUCUUGGCUUGAACGAGAUCGAAAAAAGCAAGCAUCGUUACGCGAAAGACGAGCAUCAUUUACAAAAACAUGA